AUGGAUUCUAUUGUUAAUAAAUUCAAGAGGUCAACGUCAACAUGGGGAGACCACAACAUGCUUGUUAAUUUUGACGUUACGAAAGAAUUUUCUUUACCAUCGUUUGACAUUCCUCCUUGUCAUAAUCCUAUUGAGUUUUUGAAACAUAAUACAGACGAAAAAUCAAACGCUGAAUGUCGAAUUAAGUUUAAGCAUGGUACUACAACUCUUGCGUUUAAAUUCCAAGGAGGUAUUAUAGUCUCUGUUGAUUCGCGUGCAACUACUGGGUCUGUCAUUGCUACACAGAACAUUAGAAAGAUUAUCGAAAUAAACCCAUAUCUUUUGGGAACAAUGGCCGGUGGUGCCGCCGAUUGCACAUUCUGGGAGAGAGAACUAGGUAGACGUUGCAGAUUAUACGAAUUGAGAAACAAGGAACGAAUUUCCGUAUCAGCAGCUUCCAAGUUAUUAGGAAAUAUUGUUUAUUCAUUUAAGGGAAUGGGACUUUCAAUGGGAACUAUGGUUGUCGGUUGGGACAAAAUUGGACCAAAUAUUUACUACGUGGAUGCGGAUGGAACUCGCUUGAAAGGAGAUUUAUUCUCAGUUGGAUCCGGGUCUCCAUUUGCUUAUGGAGUGUUAGAUAGUGCAUAUGAUUUUGAUCUGUCUGCACAUGAUGCUGCUGAACUUGGACGUCGAGCGGUGUAUCAUGCUGCCCAUAGAGAUUCUGCUUCCGGUGGUAACAUUCAUGUAUACCAUGUAAAACAAUCUGGAUGGGAAAAUUUAGGAUUUCGAGACUUUGAUGAUUUGCAUUGGGAAUAUCAAGAUCAACCAAAACCAAGUAUAAUUGGAGACGUACAGCCAAUGAUGCUGAAUAUUCAAGAUUAA